CUGCCAUUUUAAAAAUCAGAAAUACUUGUAAUCCAACUGGAGAAUCAGUUACUAAGAUUUCAUCCUUGCUGAUGGGACUCGUUUGUUAUAAUGGCAGACAACAACCAGAAUAUUGAACAAUGGAAGAUCAAGCAGCUUAUUCGUUCACUUGAGGCUGCUAAGGGGAAUGGAACGAGUAUGAUUAGUCUAAUUAUUCGUCCUAAAGAUGAAAUUCCUCGUAUUAACAAGAUGCUUGCUGAUGAGUACGGUACUGCUUCGAACAUUAAGUCUCGCGUGAACCGUUUAUCUGUGCUUGGUGCUAUUACGUCUACGCAGCAAAAGCUGAAGUUAUACAAUCGUACUCCUCCAAAUGGUCUAGUUCUUUACUGUGGUACUGUUAUAACUGACGACGGUAAGGAGAAGAGAGUAUCACUUGACUUUGAGCCAUUUAAGCCUAUUAACACUUCAUUAUAUUUAUGUGACAACAAAUUCCACGUUGAAGCUUUGAAGGAGUUGCUUGAAUGUGAUGACAAGUUUGGUUUUAUUGUUAUGGAUGGUAAUGGAGCGCUGUAUGGUACCAUUCAGGGUUCAUCCAAGGAGAUUCUCCACACCUUUAGUGUCGAUUUACCUAAAAAGCAUGGUAGGGGUGGUCAAUCUGCGUUACGUUUUGCACGUUUGCGUAUGGAGCGCCGUCAUAACUAUGUGCGAAAGGUGGCUGAGAACGCUGUGCUCAUGUUCAUCACUAAUGACAAGGUGAAUGUAAGUGGUCUUAUAUUGGCUGGAAGUGCUGAUUUUAAGAAUGACUUGAUGGGUUCUGACAUGUUUGAUCAACGUCUUGCUGCUAAGGUACUAAAGAUUGUUGACGUUUCGUAUGGUGGUGAGAAUGGAUUCCAACAGGCCAUUGAGUUAUCCGCUGAGUGUUUGAGUAAUGUAAAGUUUAUUCAGGAGAAGAAGUUGAUUACCCGCUUCUUUGAGGAGAUUUCUACUGACACCGGUAAAUACAUCUUUGGGGCUAAGGAAACUAUUGAAGCAUUGGAGAACGGUACCGUUGAGACCUUGUUAGUUUAUGAGGCUCUUGAGGUAGUUCGUGUUGUUCUCCACAACCCUGUUACUGGUGAAGAUUCGGUAAUAUUCCUGAAUGAUGCGAAUGAGCGUCGGGAUGAGGAGUUCAAGGACACUAAGAACAAUGUUGACCUUGAGACUGUUGAGCGCAAGCUGCUUACGGAGUGGAUUGUUGAGAAUUAUUCGAACUACGGUGCAGCGUUACACUUUGUCAGUAACAAAUCGCAAGAAGGUGCACAAUUUCAGAUGGGUUUUGGUGGUAUAGGCGGUUUCCUUCGUUACCGUCUGGACAUGACUGAGUACUACGACGACCAGCUGGAAGACGAUGACAACUUUAUGUAAACGGUUGCUGUCAAUCAUUAUAGAAAAAUGUCAUUUGCUUUACACUCGGCACAUUGUUCUGAAGUCAGAUCUAUCAUUAUUGGGUGUUCUUUUGAUUUUAUAAUGAUAGCAAGCUAGUGUAAAGUGCGUUCAGCAGUUGGUAUGGGAGUAGUGUUCCUUCUUCUGAAAGCCGUGACGUGAUGUUCGUCACUAUUUUAGUUGUUUGGAAGGGAAGUUGUCUGUUUGACUAUGAAUCGCAGCACUAUGGGACUUACUUUAAGAGGUCCAAGUGUAGUAUGGCUUCAUCUCCUGGCCACAUAUGCUGUGUUUGAGCCAUUUGUGAGGUAAAGAAUGGUAUUUC